AUGUCUGCCAUACCAUUCCUUUCUGAAUCUUUGAACACAGACCCCGGAGAGGGUGUCGCGGCCGAUACUAUCCUUGAAGCUCUCGAAUCUCUUGCCUCUGGCAACAUCCCAGCUCCCCUUCGUGACGAUGAGGAAAAGCGGCUCCGAUUCUUGGAGGCUGCCAGAAUGGCCUCUCUUAAGCUCGAGCAGCCGUGGGACACCAUGCAGCGAUUGAUCUUCUGUGCACUACCGCCCAACAUGGUGCAAGUUGGUAUUGAUCUUGGGCUGUGGAGGCUACUCACUAAGCGAGAGGGUGCAGUGAUGAGUGUGAGUGAGAUGGCUGUGGAGUUGGGUGCGGAAAAAGCACUGCUAGUGCGAGUGUUGCGGUGGGCUGCGACGCAAUGGAUGGUGGAGCAGGUCGGCGUCGAGACGUACCGCGCAACAAACAUUACGCGAUAUCUUUCCAUGUCAGGGCUAGAGUCUGUCAUAUUCCAUGUAACAGAAAGGAAUAUUGCACUUUACAACGCGAUACCAAAGUGGCUAGCCGACAAUUCCUACAAGCAACCGCAAGACAAUAAGAACCUUCCAUUCAACUUAAGUAAAAACACCGACCUACACUUUUUUGAAUGGUUGUCGCAG